GGGGAGACUACAACUCCCAGAGGGCCGCGCGGCCUCAGCAGCGGGUCCUUAAUUCCCAGGCCAUCCCGAGCCCUCGAGCGGAAGCGGGAGUCGCGGGCGGCCGCGGGAGCCUAGAGUGGGCAUCGCGGAGACGUACCCUGCGGGAUCAGCUGUCGGCGCAGCUGACUGCGCACCCCACCUGCUCUUCACCCCGCUCCGGGCCGCCAUGAAAGACUCGCUGGUGCUGCUGGGCCGGGUCUCGGCGCACCCGGACUCCCGAUGCUGGUUCCUGGCCUGGAACCCCGCGGGGACCCUGCUGGCUUCGUGCGGCGGCGACCGUAGAGUCCGCAUCUGGGGCACCGAGGGUGACAGCUGGAUCUGCAAGUCUGUCCUUUCUGAAGGCCACCAGCGCACUGUGCGGAAGGUGGCCUGGUCUCCCUGUGGGAAUUACCUAGCCUCUGCCAGCUUUGAUGCUACCACUUGCAUUUGGAAGAAGAACCAGGAUGACUUUGAGUGCGUAACCACUCUUGAGGGCCAUGAAAAUGAAGUCAAGUCAGUGGCUUGGGCCCCAUCUGGCAAUCUCCUGGCCACCUGCAGCCGAGAUAAGAGUGUGUGGGUCUGGGAAGUUGAUGAAGAGGAUGAGUAUGAAUGCGUCAGUGUCCUCAACUCCCAUACACAGGAUGUCAAGCAUGUGGUUUGGCACCCGAGCCAGGAGUUGUUAGCCUCUGCCAGCUACGAUGACACAGUGAAGCUCUACCGGGAGGAAGAGGAUGACUGGGUAUGCUGUGCCACGCUUGAGGGCCAUGAAUCCACAGUGUGGAGCUUGGCUUUUGACCCCAGUGGCCAGCGCCUGGCGUCUUGCAGUGAUGAUCGUACCGUGCGCAUCUGGCGCCAGUAUCUACCAGGCAACGAACAAGGGGUGGCGUGCAGCGGCUCUGACCCCAGCUGGAAAUGUAUCUGCACUUUGUCUGGCUUCCACUCCAGGACGAUUUAUGAUGUCGCAUGGUGUCAGCUGACAGGGGCCCUGGCUACAGCUUGUGGGGAUGAUGCGAUCCGAGUGUUUGAGGAGGAUCCUGGCUCAGAUCCACAGCAACCCACCUUCUCCCUGACAGCCCACCUGCGUCAGGCCCAUUCCCAGGAUGUCAACUGUGUGGCCUGGAACCCCAAGGAGCCAGGGCUCCUAGCCUCCUGCAGUGAUGAUGGGGAGGUGGCCUUCUGGAAGUAUAAGCGGCCUGAAAGCCUCUGAGCUACCUCAACUUUGGACAGAGUCAUGGUCACCCAGAAAAUGUCAUGUGACUUUCCCAGCCCCUGAGAGGACCUGGAGGAGCAUCCUUGACCUUCAUCUAACUUGGCUCACUUCUAUUCAGACUUGGGUAGAAGUGCGGAGCCACAGAACUGCUCACCCCUUCCCCUCCUGUGACAUGAGGCCCUCAGUAGAGCUACAGAACAUGAGUACAUUGUUGUUAUGUCAUAGAUUGCUUGUUUUAGGGCACAUUGGGGGCUAAGUAUACCAUAUAUAAUCACCAUAUGUAGUAAGGGGGUGUGCCUCAGACCUUUCGGAAAUUAUAACCUUUAUAGAAGUAAUCCAUCUGAGUCCCAAGUCCUAUUUUAUAAGGACAUUCACAAUUUAAAAGAAUUCCAUGGUGAA